AUUUGCAACGUUAAAACCCGCUCAAAUCGGUCUCAUAGCUGGCGUACGGCCCACCAACAUACACGCAUGGUUUCAGUGUCUUGUUCAUUGACAGCCCCCAAAACCCUCUCUCUAUCUCUCUUUGCAACAGUCUCUUGUUAGUUCUUUCCAUCUUCCAAAACACAUUGCAACUGUCUCUGCCUUUUUUUUUUCUUUUUCAUUAUUUUCUACGUGCAUACACCAUUGCUGGUUAGAAAAGCUAGCUUGCCAUGGGGAUCCCGGCUGUACUUGUUGUAGUUCCUGUGGGCAUACUUUUCAUUCUCUCAGGCCUUCUUGUCAAUCUCAUUCAGGCAGUUUUCUUCAUCCUUGUUCGUCCACUGUCAAAAAAUAUGUACAGAAAGAUCAACAAAGUAGUUGCAGAAUUACUGUGGUUGGAGCUUAUAUGUCUUGUUGAUUGGUGGGCUGGUGUCAAGAUUGAGCUGUACACAGAUUCAGAAACCUUUCAGUUGAUGGGUAAAGAACAUGCACUUUUCAUAUGCAAUCAUAGGAGUGACAUUGAUUGGCUUGUUGGAUGGGUCCUGGCUCAGCGCUUGGAUUGCCUUGGUAGUACACUAGCCAUCAUGAAGAAAGCAGUAAAAAGCCUUCCUGUCAUAGGUUGGUCAAUGUGGUUUUCUGGUUAUGUUUUUGUGGAAAGAAAUUGGGCCAAGGAUGAAAGCACAUUGAAGUCAGGUUUUCGACAGCUAGAGGAUUUUCCAUUUCCUUUUUGGCUGGCCCUUUUUGUGGAGGGAACUCGCUUUACAGAGGCAAAGCUUUUUGCAGCUCAGAAGUAUGCUGCUUCAAAAGGGUUGCCUGUUCCUAGGAACGUUUUGAUUCCUCGUACUAAGGGUUUUGUUUCGGCAGUAAGUCAUAUGCGCUCAUUUGUUCCAGCAAUUUAUGACUGUACAGUGGCUGUUCCAAAAGAUCAACCUCCACCUACAAUGUUGAGAAUACUUAGAGGGAAAUCUUCUGUGGUAAAGGUGCACAUCAGGAGACAUUCAAUGCUGGAAUUGCCAGAAACAGCUGACGGCAUCUCACAAUGGUGUAAAGAUGCAUUUGUUACGAAGGAUGCUUUGUUGGAGAAAUACUCAUAUAAGGGCUCAUUCAGUGACCUACAGAAGAAAGACAUUGGUCGACCAAAGAAGUCUUUGUUUGUUGUCAUUUGUUGGCUAUGUCUCAUUGUCUAUGGCCUCGUCAAAUUCUUUCAAUGGUCUUCUCUCCUAUCCUCAUUGGAAGGCAUUGCAUUUUUAGUGAUCUUCUUGGUGCUUGUUACAUUUCUUAUGCACUUUCUCAUCCAAUCUUCAGAGUCAGAGCGUUCUACACCUGUCAAUAUACUGACACAAGUUCCAGUGGAGGAGCAGCUUCUUCAGAAAUAAUUCAAGAUUUAGCAGUAAUUGGUGUCUAGUCCAUCUGUGAUCAUAAAUAUCUUCUGAUAUUGUCCAUGAAAUCAACAAUUUUACCUAUACCCUCAUUAGUUAACUGGAUUGGAAAAUGUAGAAUAUGUGCAUAGCUUAUUAUGCUGCUUAGGAAGUGUGAUAUAUAGUGAAUUGAGAUAUGGGUUGGGCUCAGUUCUUUCGGCUUGUUUACUGGAGUAGGAUGCUUCUGAAGAAGCCGGAGAAGCAUUGUCUUGAUCAUCUCUCAUUUGGGUGACUUGAAACAUUAUUUGCCUAGCAAGUUCUUUGAGAUCUUCUUUUGACUUUCCUUGGAUUAGGGCAGAUUCCACUGUUGAAUAUAUAAUUGUGCAUUGCUUACAUGUGAGUUUGUUGGGCCUCUCCUAAGAGGUUAAGACUAUAUGCCUUUUUCAGGUUGUAUAAUUAGUGUUGGCUUUUUAUUCUAACUAGUCGCAAACCCGUGCUAAGCAUGGGAACCUACUUGUUUGUGUGGUAGACUAAAAUAAUUAUAUAAAAUCUUAAAUUGAUUAUGAAACUAUACCAUUGCAUGAAUUUGUAUAAUUAGUGUUGACUUUUUAUUCCAACUAGUUGCAAACCCGUGCUAGGCAUGAGAACCUACCUGUUUGUGUGGUAGACUAAAAUAAUUAUAUAAAAUCUUAAAUUGAUUAUGAAACUAUACCAUUGCAUGAAUUUCUUCUGUUUCACUUCAAUUUUUGUUACGAUUUGAUAAAGAAGUCAUUGCUUGAAUGUGUAAUAUCUUGCGAAAAAACUACCAAUUGGUUUCAGAUAUUAAAAUUUUCGAAAGGCCAAAA